ACUAGCUUAUGCGUUCUCAAAAUUUCCUAUUCAGAUAAGUACCGUUCCAAGAUUUCGAAAGCAGAUCCAACACCAAGCUCACUGAGUUGUCCGCGUCUGAAUCUUGCUCAGUUAGUACUGGAUCAUGUCGCCCAAAUUUUCUAACACCAGAGAAGGGUAUCAAGCUCUCAGUCAGGUCACUCAUUUUGGUGAUGAAGAUGUCAGGGAUUUACCGCAGAGGACAAAACACAACCAGACGUUGUCCAUAUGGCUCCUUGCGAUCGCGAUUUUAUGCACUAUCUUGGAUUUUUCUAUGAUUUUCUGGGAUCGAUUUCUUCGAGUCCACCUUCGCUCCGCUUCAACUUCAGAUGAGCUUGAGCUACUCCCGUUCCAGAACCCAUAUCUCAACCUCGAGAUCCUCUAUAAGGAUCCUGAGUUCAAGAGCUCUACCCACGAUCCAAUUAUCAACAAUGUACCAGUAAUCGCUCAAGUUUCUAAUCAGGAGCACCAGAAGAUUCUCCCUCCGUUUCAGCGCUAUAAGUCGACGGGAGAAACCAGAGCUCCCAUAUACGAGCGACGUCUAAUAGUGACACACGAACUCGAGAGCAUCGCGCAGUUUCGUGUGCUUGAUUUCGGCAUGGAGAAUUGCAGCCUUUCACUCACCGUCCCUCCAAGAGACACCACAGAAGAUUUCCUCUAUACGGAUCUUGGUGAUUCUGUAAUUCUCGAUGUCUGGUUUCUACCGGCUAGACAUAAGUUGGACUUAUACAAUCUGUCGUGGUCGAAACUUCCUCGACCAAGGGUACACAUUGGCCACAUGAAUGUGUCAUAUGGGAAGACAUAUCGUAUGCCAAGCUUUCAGUGCAAGUCGCAGUCAUACCAGACAUUUGCGGUCUCCUGCUCUAGUCCUGGUUGUCUUGUGAAUGUCACAAGCAAGGAUAUAGGACCUUCAGGGCUAUACAUGUAUCAGAGUCAAACAAUCUAACUAGGCGUGCAACUGAACUGCGCGGGCAGAGACUUCGUUUACUAGGUCUGACAUGAACUUUGUAGCCUCAGAACAUAGUAGGAAAAAUGAAAUAUUCUAUGCAAACGUCA